AUGAACGGUGACGGUCGCGCUGUGAUGACGUCUUCCGCCUGCCCCGCAGUCUUCUUGCUGUGAUGGCGUCCUCCUUGGAAGGCAACGUGACGGUGAAGUGGUGAAGCGGAAGGAAUGCUUGCGUUCUGCGUUUGCUGCACCAGAAGAUCACACACAGUUCCUUGAAAAAGCUGCAUAUAAGAAAUAAUGGCUAAUUACAAGCCAGUUGUAGUCCAGUCUUUUCCAAAGCUUGGUGAAAAAGUAACAAAAGAUACUUUGUACUGGAAGAAUUACAAGGCUCCAAUUCAGAUAAAAGAAUUUGGUGCGGUGAAUAAAAUAGAUUUUUCUCCAGUACCUCCAUAUAACUAUGCUGUCACAGCCUCAUCAAGGAUUCACAUUUAUGGUCGAUAUUCACAAGAACCAAUCAAAACAUUUUCUCGCUUCAAAGAUGUAGCAUAUUGUGCUACGUAUCGAGAUGAUGGAAAGCUGCUGGUAGCUGGCAGUGAAGAUGGCAGUGUUCGGCUCUUUGAUAUCAGUGGGAGAGCACCACUGAGGCAGUUUGAUGGCCAUACUAAAGCAGUACAUGUUGUGGGUUUUCUCUCUGAUAAGUACCGGAUAGUAUCUGGAGCAGAUGAUUACACAUCAAAGGUGUGGGACAUUUCAUCUUCAUCAGAAAUAGUAUCCUACAAGGAGCACACGGACUAUGUGAGAUGUGGUUGCACUAGUCGACUGAAUGCAGAUCUCUUUGCAACAGGUUCAUAUGACCAUACUGUGAAAGUCUUUGAUGCACGGGCAGAAAAAAGUGUCAUGACAAUAGAACACGGGCAGCCAGUGGAGAGCAUAAAUCUCUUUCCUUCUGGAGGUCUUCUUGUGACUGCAGGUGGUCGGUAUGUUAAAAUUUGGGAUCUCCUUAAAGGAGGGCAGUUGCUGGUGUCCUUGAGAAAUCAUCAUAAGACACUAACAUGUUUGUGUCUGAGUAGCUCUGGCCAGAGGUUGCUGUCUGGCUCACUAGACAGACACGUGAAGGUUUACAGUACAACUUCCUACAAGGUAGUUCACAGCUUUAACUAUGAAGCAUCAAUUCUCAGCCUUGCAUUAGCACCUGAGGAUGAAACCCUAGUUGUAGGCAUGACAAAUGGAAUCCUGAAUGUUAAACAUCGGAAGCAUGAAGGAGAAAAAGAGCUUUUUCGUAGGAGAAGAAGGCCUGCAUAUAGAACCUUUGUGAGAGGACGAAACUACAUGCCGAAACAGGAAGAUUUCUUUGUCAGCAAGCCUGUAAAAAAUUAUUUGAAGAAAUAUGACAAGCUUCUGAGGAGUUUUGAGGUUUCCAAGGCUCUUGAUGCAGUACUUCAGGCACCUGUGAGAAAGAACCCACCUGAAGUUGCUGUUGCUGUCAUGCAAGAAUUAAACCGCAGAGGAACACUGAAAAAUGCUCUUGCAGGGCGAGAUGAAAAACAGCUCAGUGUCCUUCUUUCUUUCUUGAUAAGGCAUGUGACUGAUGCAAGAUUUGCUCCUGUGCUGAUAAAUGUUGCAGAAAUCAUUAUAGAUAUUUAUAUGCCAGUCAUUGGAAAAUCUUCAAUUAUCGACAAACAAUUUCUGAAACUUCAGAAUCUUAUAGAAAAAGAGAUUGAUUAUCAGGAGGAAUUACUAGAAGUCUUGGGUAUGAUGGAUGCACUCUUUGCUACUAUGGCAAGAAAAAAGCCCUCUGUUUCGGAUGAGAACCAGACUGGUGGUUUAUAAACAGCACCAGAAAGUCUAUCA